AUGCCUGUUAUAGCUGCAGGUGUGGUAAACAGACAGGGGAAUAUUAUUCUCUCGCGGAACUUCAAUGAAGUCUCGCGGAUUCGUAUUGAAGGUCUUCUCUCUGCAUUUCCACGCCUUUUGGAGUCGUCGGUCAACAAGCAGGUGACAUACAUCGAUGCCGGCACAGUACGGUACGUGUACCAGCCGCUGGAAGAGCUCUUCCUCGUCCUUAUCACGACGAAGAACAGCAACAUCGUUGAGGAUCUGGAAACCCUGCAUCUCAUGGGCCGUCUCAUCCCAGAGUUUGUCGACACGGUCACUGAGGCAACACUGGAAGCAAAGGCGUUUCGUGUAUUUUUUGCCUUUGAUGAGGUUAUUGUUGGAGGAAAGCGGGAGAACACAACGGUGGAGCAGAUCCGAACGUACCUGGAAAUGGACUCCCAUGAGGAAUUGAUGGUACGGGAGGAGAAACGACUGCAGAUGGAGCGGGCGAAGAAGGAUGCGUCACGCAAAGCACAUGAGAUGCGAGAAAAGCGACGGAAGGGAAUGAACCCGUACAGCGGCAUCAGCUCGGAGGAUCCGGGCUACGGCGGCUUCGGCAACACGAGCGCACCAGUGAUAGUCAGUGGUGGUGGGGUUGAUUCUGCCGUUUCGACCCAUCAGUUUGAGGGCGUGUCGUCUGCCUUUACCACAUCCUCAGCAGCGCCAGCACCAAAGCGUGCGGGUGGGUUAACGCUUGGCCGUGCAAAGAAGGCGGAUAUCACGUCGCGUGUGUUGAAGGAGGCGGGGCUGCCUUCGCCCGCCCCGGCCACCGCCGCUGGUGCUGCCUCGUCCCAACAGCCCUCAUCGUUAACCGCAGGAGCAGGGGGAGGUGUGGAGUCGAAGAAGGGGAUUCAUGAGGGAACGGUGGAGGGUUUGCACAUUUUGGUCGAGGAAAAGAUUAGUGCGCAUCUGAACCGUGACGGGGAGGGCGGUGCGGUGGAUGUUCGCGGUGAAUUAUCCGUCCUUGUCUCCGACCCACAGUUGGCAACCGUGCGGCUUAUGCUUUCGCCUAUGAGCAGCAAGUUCUCCUUCCGUGCCCACACGAAGGUGAACAAGGAAAUGUUUGCAGAAGACCAUGUGCUCUCCAUGCGUGAAAACAAGCCAUUACCCGUGCAGCAAAUGGUAACAAUUUUGCGUUGGUGUCUCAUCAAUUCGGAUAACGCUCGUCCGCCCAUCACAUUGUCGUGUUGGCCAAGCGCAGGGAGUAUCACAGUCGAGUACGAAUUGGACAGGGCCAAUGAUGCCAUUGAUGCCCUCCGCGACGUUCGUAUCGCCUUCCCACUGCAUGGUACCAGGGCUCAGGAGGUCACACCAUCUGUGGGCACCUGGGACAUCGUCAAUGGCUGCGUCGUCUGGUCUAUUCCGCUACUGGACGCCCAAAAUCAUCCAAAUGGUAAUGUGGAGAUUGAACUCGCAGAUGGAGGCGAUGGUGCCGCUAGCGGAAAUGAGGUGUUUUUCCCCGUGGAUGUCAGCUUCACCUCAUGCAGGACUGUCGCGAAGGUGCAGGUGGUUGAGGUGGUGCGGACUGAAACCGGGACACCAGUGCGGUUCAGUCAAGAGUCCCGCCUCGUCACGGAAUCAUAUACAGUUCCUGCAUAG